UUCACUUGCAUGUGGACAGAACAAAAAGCUCCACAAGCAAUGGAAUUCAUAGCUUCACCGAAACAGGUUAUGCCAAGCUUUUUCUCACACUCUUUCUCAUACCCAAGUACUGAUUUCCUCUUUAAACCAGUUUUCCUUCGUGGGGUUUCUGGUUCAUUGCAUUUAGUUUUGCUUUUUGUGUUGUUUUCUUCGUGGGCGUGUCAUAAAUUCAAGAGGGGUAAUAGGGAGGCUCCAAAAGAGAGGUGCAAAAACACCACAAGUUUGUAUUAUAAACAGACUUUAAUUUUUUGCCUUGGUCUUUUUGCGUUUAACUUAGUUUUGUGUUUAUUUAGUAGCUUUUAUUGGUAUAGGAAUGGUUGGUCUGAAGAAAGGCUAGUGACCCUUUUGGAUUUAGCCAUUAGAACAGUUUCUUGGGGUGUAAUUUCUGUUUGUUUGCACACCCAAUUUUCCAAUUUUGGCAACUCAAAAUACCCGUAUUUUUUAAGAGUUUGGUGGGGUUUCUACUUCUUUCUUUCUUGUUAUUGCCUUGUCAUUGACAUUGUUCUAUACAAGAAACAAGUUUCCUUAGCUGUUCAGUCCUUAGUUUUAGAUGUUGUUUCGGUUAUUUCGGGUUUGUUUUUCGUAUUCGUCGGGGUGUUCGGGAAGGAUGAGGAUGAAGAUACCCUUCUUGGAGAACCCCUUUUGAAUGGUAAUAGUGGAGAAGAUAGUGAUUUAGUGUCAAAUAAGUCCAAAGGGGAAGCAACUGUCACCCCCUAUUCGAAUGCCGGAAUUUUCAGCAUUCUUAGUUUCUCUUGGAUUGGUCCUCUAAUUGCCGUUGGCAAUAAGAAGACUUUGGACCUUGAGGAUGUUCCUCAACUGGAUGUUGGAGAUAGUGUGGUUGGAAUUUUUCCGACUUUAAAGAGUAGGAUCGAGUCAGAUUGCGGAGGAGUUAACCGAGAUACCACGCUUAAGCUGGUGAAAGCGGUUUUCUUGGCUGUUUGGAAAGACAUUCUUUGGACAGUCUUGGUUGUGCUUUUGUACACACUGGCAUCCUAUGUCGGCCCUUAUCUUAUUGACACUUUUGUUCAAUACCUUAACGGGCGACGGGAGUUCAAAAACGAGGGUUAUAUGUUGGUUUCUGCAUUUUGCGUGGCAAAGAUCGUGGAGUGCCUCACGCAGAGGCAAUGGUUUUUCAAGACGCAACAGAUUGGAGUUAGGGUCCGCGCAGCACUUGUGGUGAUUAUUUACAACAAGGGCUUGACCCUUUCAUGCCAAUCCAAGCAGGGGCAUACCAGUGGGGAGAUCAUCAAUUUCAUGACCAUUGAUGCUGAGAGAAUUGGCGACUUCGUUUGGUAUAUGCACGAUCCUUGGAUGGUCAUUUUGCAAGUCGCUCUAGCUUUGCUGGUUCUGUAUAAAAAUCUUGGCUUUGCUGCAAUUUCGACGCUUGUGGCGACUGUGUUAGUUAUGUUGGCUAAUCUCCCUCUGGGGAAGCUGCAAGAGAAGUUUCAAGACAAGUUGAUGGCGUCGAAAGAUGUUAGGAUGAAGGCAACCUCGGAGAUAUUGAGGAACAUGAGGAUUCUCAAGUUACAAGGUUGGGAGAUCAAGUUCCUGUCCAAGAUUUUCGAGCUUAGGAAAACUGAGGCAGGGUGGUUGAGAAAAUAUCUUUACACUUGGGCUAUGACCUCAUUUGUCUUUUGGGGUGCCCCUACAUUUGUGUCUGUCGUCACUUUUGGUACUUGUAUGCUUCUUGGGAUCCCACUUGACUCCGGGAAGAUCUUAUCUGCUCUUGCAACAUUCAGAAUUCUUCAAGAGCCCAUCUACAAUCUGCCGGACACGAUUUCAAUGAUAGCACAGACAAAGGUUUCCUUUGACAGAAUAUCAUCUUUCCUCCGUCUUGAUGACUUGCAGCCCGAUGUUAUCGAAAAGCUUCCAAGAGGUAGUUCAGAGACAGCCAUAGAGAUAGCUGAUGGUACUUUCUCCUGGGAUGUAUCUUCCCAAAAUCCAACCUUGAAAGAUAUUAGUUUCAAAGUGUUCCGCGGUAUGAAAGUUGCUGUUUGUGGUACCGUUGGCUCGGGCAAGUCAAGCCUGCUUUCUUGUAUCCUAGGAGAGAUUCCAAAGAUUUCUGGGAUCGUUAAGUUGUGUGGGACGAAGGCCUAUGUUGCUCAGUCACCUUGGAUUCAGAGUGGCAAGAUAGAGGAGAACAUAUUGUUUGGUGAGGCGAUGGACAGAGAAAGGUAUGAGAGGGUUCUUGAAGCUUGUUCAUUGAAGAAGGACCUGGAGGUCCUCUCAUUUGGUGAUCAAACAGUGAUCGGGGAAAGAGGAAUCAAUUUGAGUGGUGGACAAAAGCAGAGAAUACAAAUUGCCCGAGCCUUGUACCAAGAUGCCAACAUAUAUCUUUUUGAUGAUCCUUUCAGUGCUGUGGAUGCUCACACAGGAUCCCAUCUCUUCAAGGAAUGCUUGCUGGGCCUAUUGAGUUCAAAAACUGUAAUUUAUGUUACUCAUCAAGUUGAAUUCUUACCCGCCGCUGAUCUGAUAUUGGUCAUGAAAGAUGGAAGGAUUACGCAAGCCGGAAAGUACAAUGAAAUUCUGAAUUCCGGAACUGAUUUUAUGGAACUUGUUGGCGCCCACAAGGAAGCAUUGUCCACGCUUAAUUCAGUUGAUGCCGGCUCAAUUGAAAAGAGAUGCAUUGAUGAGAAAGAUGAAAAUUUAGUGACUACAAAUGGGGUUAUGAAGAAAGAAGAAGACGGAGUUGGUCAAGAUAGUCAAACUGAGGAUGCAGCUGAACCAAAAGGGCAGCUCGUUCAAGAAGAAGAAAGAGAGAAGGGUAGAGUCAGUUUUCAGGUCUAUUGGAAAUACAUCACAACAGCAUAUGGAGGAGCUCUUGUGCCUCUUAUACUGCUCGGGCAGAUUUUGUUUCAGGUCCUCCAAAUUGGCAGCAACUAUUGGAUGGCUUGGGCAAGUCCUGUUACGGAGGGUGCAGAGCCUGCAGUUGGAGGCGUUACACUGAUACUUGUAUAUGUGGCAUUGGCCAUAGGGAGUUCACUUUGUGUCCUUGUGAGAGCUACGCUUCUAGUGAAGGCUGGGUAUAAGACAGCUACUUUGCUGUUCAAUAAAAUGCAUCAGUCCAUUUUCCGUGCUCCCAUGUCGUUCUUUGAUGCCACCCCAAGUGGAAGAAUCCUAAAUAGGGCUUCUACUGACCAAAGUGCGGUGGACCUUACCUUUUUCACUCAAAUUGCAUCCUUUGCUUUCUCUAUGAUCCAGCUUGUUGGAAUUAUUGCAGUGAUGUCCCAAGUUGCAUGGCAAGUCUUUAUUGUAUUUAUCCCUGUCAUUGCAGCCUCUGUCUGGUAUCAGCAAUACUACAUGCCUGCUGCGCGAGAACUAUCACGGUUAGUUGGCGUCUGCAAAGCUCCAGUUAUACAACAUUUUGCAGAAACAAUUUCAGGGGCAACAACCAUAAGGAGCUUUGAUCAAGAAUCGAGAUUCCGGGACACAAACAUGAAAUUGGCAGAUGGGUAUUCACGGCCUAAGUUCCACAUUGCUGGUGCAAUGGAAUGGCUAUGCUUUCGGUUGGAUAUGUUUUCUGCCAUUACAUUUGUCUUUUCAUUGGUUUUCUUGAUUUCUGUUCCAGAGGGUGUGAUUGAUCCAGGUAUUGCGGGCUUAGCUGUUACAUAUGCACUUAAUUUGCAUACGUUACAAGCUUGGGUUAUUUGGAAUCUUUGCGAGAUGGAGAACAAAAUAAUAUCAGUGGAAAGAAUACUUCAAUACACUACUAUCCCAAGUGAGCCUCCACUUGUGAUAGAAUCAAAUCGGCCAGAUCGUUCUUGGCCAUCACGUGGAGAAAUCGAUGUUCGCGAUCUUCAGGUUCAAUAUGCCCCGCACAUGCCACUUGUGUUGCGAGGUCUCACAUGCACUUUCCCCGGAGGAAUGAAGACCGGCAUUGUAGGGAGAACAGGCAGCGGCAAAUCAACCCUCAUACAAACACUUUUCCGGAUUGUUGACCCUGCUGCUGGUCAGAUUGUGAUAGAUGGCAUCGACAUAUCUUUGAUUGGCCUGCAUGAUUUGAGAUCAAGGCUGAGCAUUAUCCCUCAGGAGCCAACCAUGUUUGAAGGGACUGUAAGAAGCAACUUGGAUCCACUUGAAGAAUACACAGAUGAACAAAUAUGGCAGGCUUUGGAUAAGUGCCAACUUGGAGAUGAAGUUAGGAAGAAAGAAGGAAAGCUGGAUUCUGCAGUGACUGAGAAUGGAGAGAAUUGGAGUAUGGGCCAGAGGCAACUUGUCUGCCUUGGCAGAGUUCUACUCAAGAAAAGCAAGGUCCUGGUGCUUGAUGAGGCCACCGCAUCCGUCGACACAGCUACCGACAAUCUAAUUCAGCAAACCCUCCGAGAACACUUUUCCGAUUGCACGGUUAUCACCAUUGCUCAUCGCAUAACUUCCGUACUCGACAGUGACAUGGUUUUGCUUCUUAGUCAUGGGCUUAUUGAGGAAUACGACUCUCCGGCAAGAUUGCUAGAGAACAAAUCGUCCUCUUUCUCGCAGCUCGUGGCGGAAUACACCAUGAGAUCAAAUACAAAUUUUUGAAAAGCUUUCUAAAAUAACAACUGUUUUGUUGAGAUGAGUUUCUUGACGAUGAUGAAAAUGUAGAAGUAUUGUUGCUUUUUUUGGUGUUGGAUAAACAAACUCUGUAGCAUAUU